AUGCUGAGAAGGAACCUCUCAGCCAGAGUCACUGAGUUUCUCUUCUCUGGGUUUUUGCAGUUUCAAGAGGGCAGCCUACUGUUCUUCAUCCCAUUGCUGAUCAUUUACAUGUUCAUUGUGGUUGGAAAUAUGACUGUCUUCUUUGCUGUGCGGCUGGACCCCCAUCUUCACAACCCCAUGUACAACUUCAUCAGCAUCUUCUCCUUCCUGGAGAUCUGGUACACCACAGCUACCAUCCCCAAGAUGCUUGCCAACCUGGUUAGUGAGCAGAAGACCAUCUCCUUCCUUGGCUGCCUUCUGCAAAUGUACUUCUUCCACUCCCUGGGGAACUCAGAGGGGAUCUUGCUUACCACCAUGGCCAUUGACAGGUAUGUGGCUAUCUGUAACCCCCUGCGCUACCCAACCAUCAUGACCCCGCGGCUCUGUGCCCAGCUCUCUGCUGGCUCCUGUAUCUUUGGCUUCCUCGUGCUCCUCCCUGAGAUUGCAUGGAUCUCCACAUUGCCCUUCUGUGGCCCCAAUCAGAUCCACCAACUCUUCUGUGACUUUGAGCCUGUGCUGAACCUGGCCUGUGCAGACACGUCCAUGAUCCUGGUGGAGGACAUCAUCCAUGCCAUUGCCAUCAUCUUCUCAGUGCUGGUCAUCACCCUCUCCUACAUCAGAAUCGUGGCUGUGAUCCUGCACAUCCCCUCCACGGAUGGCCGCCAGAAGGCUUUUUCCACCUGUGCCUCUCAUCUCGGGGUAUUUGUCCUGUUCUAUGGCAGUGUCUCACUCAUGUACUUGCGCUUCUCUGCCACAUUCCCACCAGUCCUCGACAAGGUCAUCGCAUUGAUGUUUGCGGUCCUGGCUCCCUUUUUCAACCCGAUCAUCUACAGCUUGAGAAACAAGGACAUGAAGAUUGCAAUUAAGAAGCUCUUGUGUCGCUGGAAGGUGCCGAACAUGCUCGUAGGUCAGUGA